UAGACUGUAAGUCGCUUUUGUUGACUUUAUUUUACUGCGUGUGACGAUAAAAGUUAGUUUAAUAAUGCAGAGAGUUUUAACGAUGAUUUUAAAAGAAGAGAGUACUUUCCUGACUCCGUAUUCUGCCUCCUACCGGAUGCUGGGCUGUAGUAGAGAUUUGCCACGUUGCUGCAGACAGCAGCCUUAAAGCGUCUCUCCAGGAGGAUGUAGUUUGUUCACUCACACGGCGGUGAACAACCUGAACACACCGGUGUGUCGGGGUUUCUGUCCGGAGGCUCUAAAAUGUUAACAGACAUCAUUCUGGAGGAAGAGUUUGAGAAGAAUGGGCAGAAGUGGUUCGACCAGCAGGACCUGGAACACGAUCUCCAUCUGGCAGCAGAGUUGGGGAAAACCCUCCUCGACAGGAACCAUGACCUGGAGCAGGCCCUGCAGCAGAUGUACUCCACCAACGAGGACCAGCUGCAGGAGAUAGAGUAUUUGACCAAACAGGUGGAGCUGCUGCGUCAGAUGAACGACCAGCACGCCAAAGUGUACGAGCAGCUGGACGUGGCCGCCAGGGACCUGGAGCAAGGCAACCGGAGACUAGUGCAGGACAACCGGCUGGCCCAGCAGAAGAUCCACAGUCUUACAGAAACCAUCGAUGGGCUUCAGACCCACAUGGAGGAUCUGCAGGUCCAGGUGGAGGAGCUAAAGACCGCCCAGGCAGAGCGAAACAAGAGGGAGCUGGCCGAGCGAGCCCAGAGCGUUUCCUGCCUCAAAGAGCUGUACGACCUGCACCAGGACAGGUAUCCAGCCCAUGAUAGUCAUCGUCUGGAUGGACUCUGGUCGCCUCGGAGCUCCUUCUACGACAGAGACAGAAACCCAGACCCGGAGGAGGAGAACCAGGCCCUGCAGCGCUCAGUCCAGAGCCUCCAGAACCAGAUUGCUGCCGAGCGAAGCCGCAGGGAGGCGGCCGAGCAGGAGACGGAGCUGACAUCCAGGGAGAACGAGAGUCUGGAGCAGCGUCUGGCCCUGCUGGUGGGCUGCCGGGCCCGACAGAAGGAGCUGGAGGCCGAGGUGGAGCAGCUGAGGGUCCUGUGGCGUGCUGACUGUGCUAACAGCGUCAGAAGACCGGAACAGCUCCUGGUGCCCGACACAGUGUUCUUCAGCUCAGAGGAAAGGUCUGGACCAGGGCAGAGCGAAGCGGAGGAGAAGGUGGAGAAGGUGGAGGAUCAGAGCAGAUACAGCCGACAGAGGUGCAACAGCGACAGCGUCCUGAAGGCGACAAACGCAGAUGAAAUCCGCCGUGGACACGAGCAGCUGUGCAUCAGGCGAGCGGAGGCGGUGAAGCAGAGGGGCGUCUCUCUGCUCAACGAGGUGGAUGCACAGUACAGCGCCCUGCAGGUGAAAUACGACGAGCUGCUGCGACGGUGCCAGCAGGCAGCAGACGGACUCAGCCAUAAAGCCGUCCAGACCUCCAGCAGUCCCUUCGUGAGCAGCCGGACCCGCCGCCGCCUGUCGGGCUCAGCGGCUCUGUCUGAUCUAGUGGCGGUUUUGGAGGACGGCCAGCAGCCCGAAUACAAGACUCUCUUCAAGGAGAUCUUUACCUGCAUCCAAAGGACCCAGGAGAACCUGAGUGAGAACAGACGUCCAGUCAGGGACGGCGAAUCCCAGACUUCUGCCACAUGAUUGUUGUUCAUCAUCCAGGACUCAUUAGAUCAAGGGUGUCGAACUCAUUUUAGAUUCACAUACAGCCCAGUUUGAUCUCAAAUGGGUUGGACCAGUAAAAUACUAACCCUAUAAAUAACCAUAACUCCAAAUAUUUCCUUUGCUUUAGUGCAAAAAAGUACAUUCUGAAAACGUUAACAGUUCAGGAACUGUCUUCAUACAAAACAUUGUGAACCACCUGAAAUUUCUUAAGAAAAAUAAGUUCAGUUUCAACAGUAUUAUGACUCAGUUUAUCAUUUACACAUUACAGCUGACAGUUUAUCUACAAAAGCACAAAACAUUCAGUCAGUGGCAUCUGGAACUGAAUAAUCUAGUAUUUUACUUUAUGAUGAAAACAACUUGUCAAGUCAAGAUUUUACAAGGUUCACAAAGUUUUACAAAUUUACAAUUUACAGUUGAUGUCUUCUCUGUAAUGUCUUCCCUUUGCAAAGUGGAAAAAUGGCCGUAUUUUUGACACCCCUGCUGUAGAGUCUGAAAGGUCUGAUGGUUGUUUUGCUAUAAAACUGCUCAGAGGACGGAGAUGCUCUCAAAACAUUUGUCCGUCUGAGAAAUGCUGCGUUUGCUUUUGUCAGUCUGCACUGUUCCUUUUAUUCCGUCCUUGUUGUACUACUACCUGUUUGAAUCUUAGAUAAAAAACUAAACUUGACAAAGGAGUAUUAUACUUGGAGAUAUUUAAACUCAAAUUAAAAUGUUCUAUCAGGUCUUGAGUAAAAAAAAAAACACAUUUGAGCAGCUUGACUUCUAAAUCCAAGUAUUAUGUCCUGCCACAGUAUUCAGUGUUUAUGUGAAGUUAACUCUGUGAUUAUCUCGAAGCACGUGGAGCUCUGAUGGUAAAGCGGUUGUAAACUAGUUGUGUAAUCAGGAAUGUUGUAAGAGGAUGAAAAACUGAAGCGGUGUAAUCAGUAAAGACUCAGGAGUUUGUGAUAAUUAGCUGAACAGUUGGUGUAGGCUGAAAAUUUCAUCCAAAUGCGUUAGUCCGUUUUUGAUUAAUGUUGCAGACAGACAGACAGACAGACAGACAGACAGACAGACAGACAGACAGACAGACAGACAGACGGCAAUCGUCGCUGCAUUCCUUGGCGGAGUAAUGACUGGACACUGGAAAACUGCUGCUUUAACAGCCUCUGCUUCCUGUUUUCUGCGCUUUUUUUUAUGACAGAAUCACAUUUUAUUUAUUUAUUAACAGAUAUUUAGAGAUGAUUAAAUGUGUAUUUAUUUUUUUUUAGAGCAGAUUGAUUAGUUGACUGGAAGUAAAGCUAAAUGUACACUGGUGUGUUUGUUCUGUCGUUGUGUAUUUUAUUUCUGACAGAGUAAGUGGAAAACAAGACAUUUUCAGUAAAUCGUUUCCUUUUCUAUCAAUUGUAAUAUUUUUCCUGAUUUGGACAUCCUCUGCUAUAUUACUGUGAUAUGGAACAGAAAUUGGAUUAAUCUUUAAAACCGAUGUGAGUCAUACUGUAUGCAGGGAAAAUGAGAAAUGUUCAGCUAUUAUUGCCUGAACUCCAAACAGUGUUUUACUGUCGCUUCCUGGUGCUGGUGAGACAAAAGAUACUGAUUUAAUAAAUGGAGGCAUUUAGCAAUAUUCUGUCUUGUGCUGCUGCAGAAGCUGUUUUACUGGAAACCGACUAGUAAAAGCAUUAAAUCGGGAGUUUUUUCUACCAAACCUGGCAUGACAUGGUGCAUAUUUUAGAGGUGUUUCAGUUUGUUCUCCAUUUAAAUGCAUACUUGUAAAAUAUCAGAUGACAGACAUGCAGUGCUUAUCUGUAUCGUGCAGCGUUUUGUAGAUAAAACCAAAUAAAAACUGUAGUGAUGCGCA